CAAACCCAAAAGCAAAAAAACCUUGAGGGAGGUCUCAAAUGCCCCGUUUUUCCUGCAAUUUUAGGUCUGGGGUUUGGGAAUGGUUGGGUGCUUUCCUCCAUGUUGCCUUUUUCGUGUGUGUGAUGUAGGAGAGAGCUGGGAAAUAUCAGAGUCAAGACUUCUUUGGAAAGUCGUCCAUCCAGUGCCAUUUGCUGUGAUGGACGAGUCUACUGUGUCCGUCUGACCCUGACUUGGGGUCAACCCUGGACCGAAGUCAGCCUCGCACGUCCACAGCCUCAGAGGUUAAGAGCAGACCUGCCUCAAACGGCAGCCACUGUCACCUGGGGAGCCCUUUCCAGUUUACAGAGCGCCUCCGUUUGCGUUCACCUCGUUUCAGCCACUCUGUCUUCUUUGCCAGGCUUCUGGUGUCUUCUCCACACCGCCCGUGGGGUUCGUUUGCAGAACUGAAACCCUAGUUAAGGUGGAAAAUGAGCAUCACAGACGUCCUUAGCGCUGACGACAUUGCCGCAGCCCUGCAGGAGUGCCAAGACCCAGAUACUUUUGAACCCCAAAAAUUCUUCCAGACGUCGGGCCUCUCCAAGAUGUCGGCCAGUCAGGUGAAGGAUGUUUUUCGGUUCAUAGACAAUGACCAGAGUGGGUAUCUGGAUGAAGAAGAGCUUAAGUUUUUCCUCCAGAAGUUUGAGAGCAGUGCUAGAGAGCUGACAGAGUCAGAAACCAAGUCCUUGAUGGCGGCUGCGGAUAAUGACGGUGACGGGAAAAUCGGGGCUGACGAAUUCCAGGAAAUGGUGCAUUCUUAAAAGCCGCAGGCUGUGGAGAUAGAGACAAUCAGCCAGAAGGCCUCCAAAGCCCCUGGAAAUGGGAAACCCACUACCUGCCCCUAAUUUAUGUAUUCAUUCCCCCGGAUGUGCUUCUCCAAUUUGCCCCCUGUUUUAGCGAGGUAACAAGGCAGUCACUCGUGAAUUUUCGGUGGUCAGUACGCCCUGAUGACUCCUGUAAGGCCCUUGGCAGACGAUGCCUUUAAAAUUCACCCAAUAAAGAUACGUUUCUCAUCA